GUUUUUUUUUGGGUGAAAACGUUUAAACGAAUUUAUUUGUAACGAAAAAGCCGACAAGAAACAAGAGAAAAAUUCUAAAAAUAAAUUCUAAAAAUCCAAGCAAUCAUCCAUCGUUUUUGAACAAACGAAAAAAAAAAUUAUUAUUCCUUGCCAAACGACACAUGCACACACUCACUCUCACAUACAUUAUCAUCGUGCACCCACAAGAUUUUUUGAGAAUAAUUGGAAAAAAACUUCCUGGAUUCUUUUCAUUCGAUGGUCGUUGAUUCAUUAUUAUUAUCAUUUUGUUCACCAUAAUCAUUCGGUUGUUUGUUUUAAUAAUAAUUCAAAUUAACCAUAUAUACAGUGAUCAUCGACCUCAACAUUAUCUUCGAAUUCUAUUCAUUUGGCUGGUAAUUGUAUUGUAUGAAUUAUAUAUUUGAUAAUUCUCCAAUUUUUACUCUCAAAACUUUGAACAUUGAAAUCAGAAUUUCCUUGAUGAUUAUUAUUACCAUACGCAACCAUUUUUUUUUGGCUUGGUAAAUUAAUUAAAAGUUCAUUUGCAUUCACUGUGUGACGAAGAUUCGAUUGUGUUCCUGAAAAAAUAUCAUAUCACAUCAAAUGUUUUGUAUAAAAACAAAUGACUAGAAUAAAUCAUUCGACAUUUGAGAAGAACUUGAACGAAUAACUUGUUGUUGUCAUUUUGAUCAAUUGACCUGUUGAUGUCUUGGUUGUGAAAAUGUAUUGCACAUCAUCUUCAUCAUCAUUCUAUAAACGCUAUCAUAAGGAUUAUGAAUCAUCAUCAGCGAUGGGUAAUUAUCAAUCGAAUUCCUAUUAUCCUAGACAACUUCAUAAUUAUAAUCCAGAUACAAUGAUUGAUUCGAAUCAAAAUCGUCAUUAUUGUCAUAUUGAACGAAAAUAUCCGCUCAAUUAUUCAUCUUCGACAUCAUCCACUGCUUCAUUAUCCAGUUCUUCUUCCGGUUAUUCUGGAUCAUCAACAUCAUCAUCAUCAGCAGUGUCAUCAUCGUCUUCGUGGUCAUCGCAACGUAAAUUGUAUCCAUCUAUUUCGACCACGAGUUAUGAUUUUUAUGAUAGGAAAAAUGAUGAAAAUAAUAGUAAUAUUCGUGAAAGAAAUUUACAAUUAGCACGAUCAUAUACAUCCAAACCAACAACAACAACAUCAUCAUCAUCAUUCGCAUCUACAUGUACGAAUUUUUUAUCACGCUUUACAUCGAAGCUUUGUCUAAAUGAUCAACAACAACAACAACAGCAGCAGCAAUCACAACGAGCAUCCCGUUAUAAUGUGGCUGAUUCGAUGAUUGAUCAUCUUAAUUGUAAUGGUGAGCAUGGUGAUAAUGAUAAUGAUCAUCCAUCAGUGCAUAGAUAUCGAUAUCGUAAUAGUGGUUAUGGUAAUGGUGAUAACUAUAAUGUAAAUCAUGUUCAAUCAUAUCGGCCAACAACAAUGACAUACACAACACAACGGCCAUAUCAGCAACAACCACAGCAAGUAAUUACAUCAUCCAACUAUAAUAACAAAUCGAUAAGAAUCAAUCAUAAUAGAAACAAUAAUAAUAUCCAAACUAUAGGAAAUGGUUCCUAUUCAACUAGUUCCGGCUCUCGAUUAUCAAUCAUUGAUCAACAUCGAUUGCCACCGGUUUAUCCGGCAACAAAUAAUGAUCAUCAUUUAUCGAUUACCGGACGUAAUUCAAAAUAUCAAACUAAAUCCAAAUUAUCCUAUAGUGCUAGUAAUGCAAGCCUUAAUCACAAUGAUAAUGAUAGCGUUCAUAGCAUUGGUCCAUCCUAUUUAUCGAGCACAUUGACAUCAACUGCUAAAGCGACAAAGGCUACAGGUUCCUAUACAUCGGCAAUGACCACCACACGUACGAAUCGUUAUCAUUUUCGUUAUCCAUUCUCAGUUCAUACAUCCACUACUACUACAUCUAAUGACGAUAGCAAUGCAUGUUCGACAACGAAAAUACGAUCAACAAUGAAAGAAUCAACAUUUUUGAAUGAUAACCGCCAGCGUUAUCAAUUACGAUACAAAAGUACUACUUCCGGACUUUAUAGUAACGGUCUAACAAUGUAUACGCCUUCCUUAUAUCGAGAUGGUGAUAAAGAACCAUCGUCAUUCAUUUCUUCAACGGCCAAAAAUAAAUUUCCAACGACAACGAUCACACCAUACAGAUCAUAUUUGACUCAAAAGAAAUCCAUUUCAAGGAAUUAUACACGCGUUUUUGAUUCAGGUUUCGAUCAUAAUGAUUCGUCUGAACGAACAAGUGAUGAAGAUCGAAGUUCCAAACAACAAACGCAUCAUCAAUCACAACAGCAACAAAAAAGUGAUCAUCAUCGUAAAGGUGGCCAUAAUAAUCAUAACAAUAACAACAACAGCAGCAAUCAUCAUUAUCAUCAAAAAAAUCAAACUGAAAGUACAACAACCAUUGAAGAUGAUCAACAUGGACAUUUAAUCUACAAAAAUGGCGAUAUACUUCAGGAUAAAUAUGAAAUCCUCGCUACACUUGGUGAAGGUACCUUUGGCAAAGUGAUUCGUGUUCGUAAUCUCAAAACUAACAACGCAUUGGCGUUAAAAAUCAUCAAAAAUGUCGAUAAAUAUCGCGAAGCAGCAAUGUUUGAGAUUAAAGUCUUACAAACCAUUGCUGAACGUGAUCCAAAAGGUCGAAAUCUUUGCGUACGAAUGUUCGAUUGGUUUGAUUAUCAUGGCCAUAUUUGUAUAGCAUUCGAAAUGCUCGGUCUUUCCGUAUUUGAUUUUAUGAAAGAUAACAAUUUCCAACCAUAUCCUAUUGAUCAAAUUCGCCACAUUGGCUAUCAGCUGAUAUUUUCUGUGAAAUUUUUACAUGAAAAUGAAUUGACUCAUACAGAUUUGAAGCCAGAAAAUAUUUUGUUUCUCAAUUCCGAAUAUGAUGUUGAGCUCACCAAAAAGCGUAAAGAAAUACGUCGAGUAAAAAAUACAGACAUUCGUUUGAUUGAUUUCGGUUCGGCUACAUUUGAUUAUGAACAUCAUAGCAAAAUUGUUUCGACAAGACAUUAUCGUGCACCCGAAGUCAUACUUGAACUUGGCUGGAGCCAUCCUUGUGAUGCAUGGAGUGUAGGAUGUAUACUGUUUGAACUCUAUCAAGGAAUGACAUUGUUUCAGACACACGAUAAUCUUGAACAUUUAGCCAUGAUGGAACGUAUCCUCGGUCCUCUUCCCUAUCGUAUGAGUCGAAAAUCAAAGACCAGAUAUUAUUAUCAUGGAAAAUUAAUGGAUUGGGAUGAGCGAUCCGCUGCUGGUCGAUAUGUACGUGAAAAUUGUAAACCAUUACAUCGUUACAUAAUACAACCGGAUAAUGAUGAUCAUCGAAAUUUAUUCGAUUUGAUCUCACAACUAUUGGAAUAUGAACCGAAUAACCGUCUUAGUUUGCAAGAUGCAUUGGAUCACCCAUUCUUCAAACGCCUUCCAUCCGAACAACGGCUACAUGAUGAUGAUAAAAGCUAAGUGUAUUAACAACAAUUAGCUCAGCCAAAAAACAACAUUUUUUUCUCUUUCAUCUUUCAUUCAAAUUACAAAUUUCAUUCAUUCGUCAUGAUGUUUGAUUAUAAAACAAGUGUCUAUUGAUUGUAAUUGGCCAUUCACAUCAUAAGUGUUGUUACACGACGUCAUUCUGUCAAGUGAUAGGAAUUUUCAAUUUGAAAUGAUUGAUUGAUUGAUUUUUUUUUCAUUCGUCUUUCAUAUUCAAACACUGAUACAACACACACAACAUAUAUUUUGUUGUCACCUUAAAUACUUUUCACAAUUUAUAACUAUAAAAAAAACACCCUUGUAUACACCUACCCACCUUUUAAUGUCCCAUUUAGAUCUAUUUGUGACAAUAUACAUUGAAUUUGUUUGAAUUGAAAUGAAAUUCUAUUCAUUUUGAUGAUGAUUAAACUAAUGCUUGAAUGCAGAUGGGGGAGGCAAUGUCCACCAAUCUUUUCAAAA